AUGCAGGAAGUCGCAGCUCUCGUCAUCGACAAUGGUUCGGGUAUGUGCAAGGCCGGUUUUGCCGGUGAUGAUGCGCCCCGAGCAGUCUUCCCCUCCAUUGUCGGUCGCCCCCGUCACCAUGGUAUCAUGAUCGGUAUGGGACAGAAGGACUCCUACGUCGGUGAUGAGGCACAGUCGAAGCGUGGUAUCCUGACUCUGCGAUACCCCAUCGAGCACGGUGUUGUCACCAACUGGGACGACAUGGAGAAGAUCUGGCACCACACCUUCUACAACGAGCUGCGUGUCGCCCCCGAGGAGCACCCCGUUUUGCUCACCGAGGCUCCCAUCAAUCCCAAGUCCAACCGUGAGAAGAUGACACAGAUCGUUUUCGAGACGUUCAACGCCCCCGCGUUCUACGUCUCCAUCCAGGCUGUCCUAUCCCUGUACGCUUCCGGUCGUACCACCGGUAUUGUUCUCGACUCCGGUGACGGUGUCACCCACGUUGUCCCCAUCUACGAGGGUUUCGCUCUUCCCCACGCCAUUUCCCGUGUCGACAUGGCUGGUCGCGAUUUGACCGACUACCUUAUGAAGAUCCUUGCUGAGCGCGGUUACACUUUCUCCACCACCGCCGAGCGCGAAAUUGUCCGUGACAUCAAGGAAAAGCUCUGCUACGUCGCUCUCGACUUCGAGCAGGAGAUCCAGACCGCCAGCCAGAGCUCCAGUCUCGAGAAGUCCUACGAGCUUCCCGACGGUCAGGUCAUCACCAUUGGCAACGAGCGCUUCCGCGCUCCUGAGGCUCUCUUCCAGCCUUCCGUCCUUGGUCUUGAGAGCGGUGGUAUCCACGUUACCACUUUCAACUCCAUCAUGAAGUGCGAUGUCGACGUCAGGAAGGACCUGUACGGCAACAUCGUCAUGUCUGGUGGUACCACCAUGUACCCCGGUAUCUCCGACCGUAUGCAGAAGGAGAUCACUGCUCUUGCUCCUUCUUCCAUGAAGGUCAAGAUCAUUGCUCCUCCGGAGCGCAAGUACUCCGUCUGGAUCGGUGGUUCCAUUCUCGCCUCCCUUUCCACCUUCCAGCAGAUGUGGAUCUCCAAGCAGGAGUACGACGAGAGCGGUCCUUCUAUCGUCCACCGCAAGUGCUUCUAA